UUGUGACGGAGAUUUCAUGCGACGACCAACUUAAACCAUUGCUUAAAAACGGCAUUUUUAUUUUCGCUAAUAAACUUGUUUAUUUGUAUCUGGUUGAAUUAUUAUUUUCUUCCUUACCGAAAUCCCCAUAUCCUCUUUGAAAGUCCGUUUUCGUUUUAUUUCACAUCACAAACCCUAGGUGGCAGUUGUCAUGCGCGCGACUAACUUCGUGAUCUGCUGAAGAAGAAGCUCGUGCGUCUGUAAGGUUGUGGUGUGGAGUAGCUGCUAAAAACCUUUAAUUUUUUUUUUAUUAUUAUAUAAUCGAACUGAUUAAAUCCAGGAAUUUGGAAAGAAACGUGAGCAACCACAGUUAUGUACCACAACAGCUCCCAGAAGAAGUACUGGACUUUCAAUAAAGAGGCCAACUUGGAAGAUUUAAGACUGGAGGCUAAUCAGAAGUUUCGAUCAAAAGCACUAAGCCCCCGAAAGCCUGGAAUAAGUGAGUCCAUGUUUCUCGAUCCCCAUGAAGAGAAAGUGCUCUUUAGACACUAUGAGAAGAGGCUGCUUGACUUCUGCACAUUCUUCAAACCUGCGAUGCCAAAAACUGUAGUGGGCUCAGCUUGUAUGUAUUUCCGAAGAUUUUAUUUAAACAACUCCUUAAUGGAUUAUCACCCAAGGAUAAUAAUGUUGACGUGUGCAUACCUGUCCUGUAAGGUGGACGAGUUUAAUGUUUCCAGCACGCAGUUUGUGGGGAAUCUUCAGGAAAAUCCAGCAAGUCAGGAGCGAGCUCUGGAGCAGAUCCUGGAGUACGAGCUGCUCCUCAUCCAGCAGCUGAACUUUCACCUGGUGAUACACAACCCCUAUCGGCCGCUCGAGGGCUUUUUGAUCGACAUGAAAACACGGUAUCCCAUGUUGGAGAAUCCAGAGAUGUUAAGAAAAAGUGCAGAGGACUUCCUGAACAGAGCAGCAAUGACCGACGCUGGCCUUUUGUUCUCUCCGUCCCAGAUCGCCCUCACCGCUGUCCUGAACAGUGCAGCACGAGCAGGUCUCAGCAUGGAAACGUAUCUAACUGAAUGCAUGGGGCUGAAAGAUGACAAGGAGACACUUUCCAAGAUGUACGAAGCAAUGAGGCGAAUCACUACCCUCCUCAAGGAAUACGAGCUUCCCAAAUCCGAAGAAGUGAAUUCGUGCAAACAAAAACUGGAAAGGAUUCACGCAGAGUUCAGCACCAAUACGAAUCUGAAAAGGAAGCAUGGCUAUGAAGAUGAUGACCACGUCGUGAAAAAGCCCCUCGUUACUGAAGAGGAGUGGACAGAUGAAGACCUGGAUGUUUUGUAACACAAAUGAUCCAUCUUGUUUUAUUAAUAGAUCCUUAUUCACUUAGCGCCAUGGUCAUGGUGAAAGGAAGGUGGUGAAGCUGGUGCUUUCGGCUUUGGCCCUCAGACCACUACUUUUGUACCGUUUUGUAAAUACCUAGGCAAUAUUUGCCUGCUCUGCUAUACUUUUUGCUACAAAUAAAAUACUAUGACUGAAA